UUUUUUUUCUUACGCGAUUGAACAGGGAAACAGAGACGAGAAACAAAAUUUCGGAUCGGGACCAUUUUUCCAUACGUGUGGCAACCAGUUCGUGGUUGUUCUAAUCGCCGUGCAUCAGAACCCGCAGAAUCAGUAGUCGAAACAGUGUUGCUGGUCAUCAUCGUAGUGUUUCGUUAAUGUAUAUCUAGCAGCCACGGCGUUGUAGAUCCUGACCAAUAAUCCCUACCCUAGUGAGUGCAUUAUUUGCAGCAGCUAUCACCGCAGCCAAGGCUCUUGCUUGAUUAUUACUCAUCAAGAUGGUCUCAACACGUCAAAUGACUGGUGCUACGUCGGAAGAAUCCAGUCUACAAUUGUGCCGCACCGUACCAACGGCGUUAUCGACCAACACACCCACUAACGUUGUGACGAUUACGUCCUCGAUGCAUUCUAAAGCACUAACAGCGUUUCCACAGCACACGAAUCAGCCGUUGUCUCCGACCACUUCAUCCGGGCCGUCACCGGCCAGUUCCAGUAAUAGUUUAACUAUCAUUGCAACAGGAAUGGCAACAGGCGAACUGCAAGUUCAGCAGCAGCAACAGCAGAACCAAGAAAUAAACCUGAUGGAACUGCCGACGGAAAUAUUGGAACACAUAUUUUCUUUCGUGGGGUAUAAAAAAAUUGCCCACAUGAGAGUGAUAUCUCGUCAAAUGAAUAAGGUGUGCUGUUCAAUAUUGAACUCGACGUUCCAGAAGCUACAGAAUCAGAUGCACACAAGGUUUCAAACAGUCAAAGCCAAAAUGCCCCGCAGAGAAUCUGCCCGAAGAAAUCAUCCAUUAGCUUGCGAAUGUGAUAUUUUAGAGACAUGCUACAUGCGGCUAUCUUUGCUACAAAUGACAUUUGGUAAACAUAUCGAACGGAAGCACUGCUGUUUCUUUCCUGGUGGGAUUCUAGAUGAGGUGUAUUCGGUGUUAAAUUACAUUCGCACAUCGCCGUCCCUAGAUCGACCGUUCAAAGUAACCGAUGAGCUAUUUGAUCUCUCUACAAUGGCUAUGGAAUAUUUCAAGGAGCACAUAGAGCCAAAUUUACCUGCAUAUUUCACAAAUAGUACAAAGUCUUUUGCGCCCCUCGAAACUUCAUCGUCAAUCCUUUCCCGCGAUACAUCACAUUCGAAUUCAUCGUCCCCGCCGCAAAGCAAUAUGGUGCUGCGGAAGGGCAUACGCAAGAUCAAGCAAGGCAUGAAACGGUACAAUAAUCAGCUUACGGUUUUGCGCAGCGAAUUGCGUACUUGCAAACGCAAAGCAACCGAACAGGCCAAAACAAUCACGGAACAACAGAAACUUUUGGCCGAGCAGCAGAAACAGACGCUUGAAUUUGCGAAUCGGCUUGAUGAAACGGAUAAAAAGAAUGAUGAACUCUCUAGAAAAUUUUCUACUGUUCUACAGGAAUUGAAUAAAUGUAAAACGGAGCUGCAAUAUUGGCGUUCAAAAAGUCCGGCAACAACGAACCCGCACGGGCAAGUUGUGCCUGCGUGCGAGCUGCAAACCCUUGGGAGUCCAAAUAUGGUAUCGUACGACAUCGAUCUGCUAUCGAUGGGCAUUGGCCGCACUGCAUUUCCGGCAAGUGCAGAGGAGAGUAGGAAAAAGGACGAUCCUGGGCAGCACAAGGAUAAACUACUCGAGCACAGUUCGCAAAUGCAAAGACCGAGGGAGGAGUCGCCACUGCCCUCCGAGUCGGCAGAACCACUCCCCGUAACACUGGCAAAGUCGGGACUGAAGAGGAAAUUCGAAUGUGUAGCACUGACUCCGGAAAGUCCCAACAGUGACGUUACUACACACGGCAGCGAUCCAGUGCGAUUGUAUGGAUUGGUAUGUCUUAAUCCUCCGUUUGCUUCGGCAUCACUCGCAGCAUCUUACUCGUCGUCCACGUUGUCACCACCAUCCGGUAUGUACGGCUCGGUAGCCGCUGCUUCAUCAGCGUCAUGCGAGGGAAGUAUGCUUUCAUCAUCAACGCCGUCGUCUCCUGCGCAAAAUGAAAAUAGCAGUACGGAAAAUGGUGGUGCAAGCUCCGCCGCGUUGGUGUACCGCUCUGGCGCAGAUGCAGCGGACGAGAGGAGCGAGGUGCAAAGUUUAACCUGCACAGCGCAUGAUGAUAGUUAUUCUGAGGUUGCUGCAGGUUUGUCCUUUGCAGCAGCUGCUGCUGUAAACCCAAUUUUCAGCAACACAAAAGCCAUUCAUCAAUCCAAUACUGAUCAUACACUGAAUCAGAAUAGUGAUAGCAGUAACAAUAUUAGCAGUAGUAGCUUUAGCAAUACCGUUGAUAGCAAAAAUGAUAGCACUAGUAACGAUAGUAACUCUAAUAAUCAUAUGAAAAAAAUACGAAGAGUACAAAGCAAAGCUAGAUCACAAAGUUAUAAUAGACAAAGUAGUAACCUUAAUGCCACAGGUACCACGCAUACAAAAACCACUAGAAGCAAACAAUUGGACAAACAGGUUGGAAACUAGUGUGGAAGGGAUGCAGCGUAGAGGAAGGGGCACACUAAGCGCGUAAGAUGAAUCACACCUUUCUCCCACACCUGGCGUGUGAUAAGGUAGCAGCUGUAACAGUCAUUUUCGUCGCAACCACAUUAAAUAUAUUGUGCAAAAUGUUUGCUGUGGUGCGCGUACUAUCUGCUAGAGACACAUCCGUGUUUCAUGUGCCACCAUGCCAUGAAGUCGAAUGCCGAUGUGUUUACUGUGAAUCGCUUUGAUCAGUUUUUCACGAGGCUACACAACAUCGUUCAAUCCCCACACAAUGGGAAAUGGAUCAAAUGAUAUCUUAAAGGCGACAUUUUCACCAUAGAAAGAUUAGCCUUCCUUUUCCUUUGCUGCGUAUGUCUGUGGCUAAUCUGUGUUUAGCAAUU